AUGAUGACAGCAAAGAGUGAUACUGUUGCUUAUGAUGAUGAUAACGAUGAUGCUGAUGAUGAUGACAGUGAUGAUGAAAGGGAAGAGGAGGAGGAGGAGGAAGAGGAGAAGGAGGAGGAAGAGGAGAAGGAGGAGGAAGAGGAGGCGAGAAGACGAGCAGCACGUGCAGCCAACUGCUCACAGGCUUCCCUAGCGCUGGCAGCCGUCAGCACCAAGAUUUCUCCAGACACACCACUCACAUCUUACCAUAAUGGUGAUCCCCCUGGGAGGCAUUUUCGAUGGGAUGCCUUCAAGCCAGACCCUGGACAAUCCCCAGCAGCCAGUGGUGCGGGGAAGAGUCUGCCAGCUCCCGGGGGACGCUUGGGGCCAUUAGUAUCCCGCUCGACUGACCUGAGGAACCACAAUAAGAAGCAAUUUCAUUAG